UAAGCCGAGUAAGUAGCAUACAGUUGGUGGAUUUGCUGUGGACUACAACCCUUUGAAAUACCCAGUUGUCCCAAACUUCCGUGUGGUGUUUUUGCUUCUUCGUAGACUUUUUCUUCCUUUUUCAACAAUUUCGAUUCUUCGAUUUGGUAGUUUUACAGAAACAUAAGCGUUUCGACAAGGUUGGGCUGUGGCACUUAAGCUGACUCGAUCCUUUACAGUGGGGACUUUCCAGUCACGAAAACUUAGUCAGUUCUGUUGAUCGCGCUCCAGUGCUCCGUUGUUAGGGAAUGAAGUAGCUUAUGCAGCUUUCGGCGGUUUUCUCACUUCGUCUUCGCAUUUCCGUUACGGUUGUACUGCAUUUUGUAUCGAUGUAGGGAUAAUGGUGGAGUAGGACAGUUGACACGCAUCUCAUCGUGAGGAUACACAUGCAACAUGCACAAUACGCCUGUGUCGUGUUGUCAAGUGAAUGUGAUUAUGGCGCAGCCUGGUUUGCUGCUCGACGUCGCGGAGCAGGACGUGCAGAACGUGGUGCUGGCCCAGACGAGCGCUGGCGCGUGCCUCCGCGGUUUCUACGGCCGAACCGACCGCCCCGUGUCGCUCAAACUUUUGCCCCUGCGUUCUGCUUCGGAGAGAGAGCAGUGGAGUGACCAGUAUCUGCAGCACCUAGCCGCAGUCAGACGGGCCUGCUCAGAUCGGGUCCUGGUUCCUCUGGGCUGGUACCGGGCCCGCUGCCUGGUCGGGCUGGUGUCCGACUGGAUGCCUGGCAGCUCCCUCCACUCUCUGCUGUACGAGACACAGCUUUACCCAGAAUUCCCUUUGGCUCUUCGCCUGCGGAUCCUUCUGGAUGUGGCGGAAGGGCUGUCCCACCUGCACGCCGUGCCGGUCUCUCACCAGAGCCUGAAGCCCACCAACGUGCUGCUGGACCAGCAGUGCCGGGCCAAGCUGUGUGACUUUGGCCAGAGGACUGGGCAGAGGAUGGGGUCCACUCUCCACGAGGGGGGCACACACUGCUUCAGGGAUCUGGUGUACCUGUCACCUGAGGUUCUCCGAGGAGGCGUGUCUUCUACAGAGGCAGAUGUGUACAGCUUUGGAAUGCUGCUUUGGGAGACCUUGCACAGAAGAGCUCCGUGCGAAAAAAUCCGCCACGUCAGCGAGCUCCUGCUGUACGUGCAGAGAGGGGAGUGGCCUGGCGCGGGGGACUGCAGGCUGCCGCCGGAGGUGCCGCUCGGGCACGUGCUCACCCAGCUCAUGACCCGCUGCUGGAGCGCAGAUCCCCAGAGCCGCCCCUCUGCCGUCGACUGCAUGCUGGAAUUAAAGAAGGCGCUGGCGACCUUUGACCUGGAAUCCCCAGCCCGGGCAGCGGCCCAGCUGAAAGAACGCAAGGAGAGGGCGCUACUGGGCUCUAAGGCUCAACAGGCAGGAGAGAUGAAGAUGGAGAUCAACAAUAUGGAGCUCUACGGUGGCUGUCAGGAUGCAAAAAGCGCCGGAACGAAGACCCUGCCCAUGGACAUAGUCCAGGCGACCACGCCCGGCCCGCUGACUCUCAAUCCCAAAAGCGUCCACCCAAAUAACCUCUCCCCGCCCACCCAGGGGAAGAGCCCGCCCCUUGUCUCCAGCUGUACAGAGACGCUGUGCUGCCAGGAUGCCAGGUUGCCCCGCCCGAGGAGUGCAUCAGAGAGGCGGAGCCAGCGGCAGAGUCCCUCCCCUCCGUCAUCUCUGCAUUCCCCUGCUUCCGCUGGUACCCUAAACCCCCUGAAGCCCUCCCCCCCGGGACCCCCAGCCGCCGGCUGCCAGGGCGUUCCGAUUGGCUGCCCGACGGGGCCGAGCUGCUGCCAGAUCCUGCGGGAGAUGCGCGAGGUCAUCGUGUGGGGCAUGACGGAGGGCCGGCUGAACUACCUGCUGGACGUGCUGCGGGCGCGGCAGGCGCUGAGCCGCGAGGCGUACGAGCUGAUCACCGCGGCGAUGACGCUGCCCGCCCGCACGCGCUCGCUCCUGGACACCUGCCUCUGCCUGGGCGAGGGCACCGCCGCGCUGGUGGCCUCCACCCUGGGCCUGGUCUCCAUGGUGACCGCACGCCCCCACCCCUGCCACCUGUACAACUGAAGAGGGGGCGUGAUGUCACACACCCCCCUCUGUUUAGGGACUGGAUUGGUUGUUAAUGAAGCUCCCCCCCCUCCAGUCUCUAGACCAGGGACAGGUUUCUGCGCUGACACGGGGGCACCGGUGUAUGGCUUCUGAGCCACUGGCCUCUGUCAUUUCCAUUACUCUUUGUAUUCUGUUUAUUACUGAGGGAUUUUCCAUGGAUGUCAUUAUAAAUGGCCUUGUAGUUUUCAUAAAACAUACCAUAUCCCAGUAUUAUAAUGAUAUUACCAAUGACAUUACAGUGUAACUGUAAAAAAAAAAGUUCUCAAAUGGUUUUCAUGGAUUUCCCAAGGUGCAGUGUUGUAUUGUUAACGUUAUAUUGCUUAUCGCACUUGUACUUU